AAGGCCACACAGAAGGAGCAGGCAAGUUUCACUGGUGAGGUAGUUAGAAGAAAAUCCGUUUGUAGAGAGAGGAAUGUGAUCAACCGCUGGAAACUGCCCCUGCCUGUGAUAUUGGAAGUCUAGCCUUUUCUUAAAAACACCUUAAACCCAGAUCCUGUGAUCUCUGCUAUAACCAAUAUUUAAAGGUUGGCAGCCUCGAUGGUUUGUUCUAGAUAAUGGAAUCCUGUCCUACUAUGACUCACAGGAUGAUGUCUGCAAAGGGAGUAAAGGAAGUAUAAAGAUGGCAGUUUGUGAGAUUAAAGUCCACCCAGCGGACAACACAAGAAUGGAAUUGAUCAUUCCAGGAGAGCAGCAUUUCUAUAUGAAGGCAGUAAAUGCCGCCGAGAGACAGAGGUGGCUGGUCGCCCUGGGGAGCUCCAAAGCAUGUCUGACUGAUACUAGGACUGCGAAAGAAAAAGAAAUAAGUGAGACCAGUGAAUCUCUGAAAACCAAAAUGUCUGAACUUCGCCUCUACUGUGACCUCCUAAUGCAGCAGGUUCAUACAAUCCAGGAAUUUGUUCACCACGACGAGAGUCAUUCAUCUCCCAGUGUAGAGAACAUGAAUGAAGCCUCUUCCUUGCUUAGUGCCACCUGUAAUACAUUCAUCACAACCCUGGAGGAAUGUGUGAAGAUAGCAAAUGCCAAGUUUAAACCUGAGAUGUUUCAACUGCCUCAUCCGGAUCCCUUGGUUUCUCCGGUGUCGCCUUCUCCUGUUCAGAUGAUGAAGCGUUCCGCCAGCCACCCUGGUUCCUGCAGUUCAGAGAGGAGCAGCUGCUCCAUCAAAGAAGCGGCCUCCGCCCUUCACCGACCUCCGCGACGCCACAGAACCUACUCGGACACAGACUCCUGUAAUGACGUGCCCCCUGAAGACCCAGAGAGACCUCUUCACUGUUCAGGAAACACCCUUAAUGGAGAUUUGGCCUCAGCAACCAUUCCUGAAGAAAGCAGACUCAUGGCCACGACACAAUCUGAAUCUGAAGAACCUCUUCCAUCCUUCUCUUGAGGAAACGGACACAUCCAGCCUCCUCUGAGUGUUGCUAUGCAAAAGCUGCUGUAUUAAACUCGUUCUGGGGUAGCUUCCCCUCCUUAGGAUUUCUCUGCACUUUAUAGAAUAUUGUAAACAAACAACCCACAUACUUUUGAAGUGUAUUUUAUCUUUCUAUAGUUUACUUGCAAGAGUAUUUUCCUAAUGACUUCACAGUAUGAAUGUGCAUCUUUUCUUUUCUUUUUUUUUUUAAACAAAUGAUGGUGUAACAUUUUGACAUCCAUAAGGACAAAUGUAGAUAUUUUUCUAAAAAACUGUAAGGGACUGACAGCUUGGUCAGUGUGUAUUGUAGUAUAUGAACAUGAAAUCUCGCCAGGUUUGUUUGACAGAAAUGUGAUAGAUGUAACUUGUGCCAUGGACCAAAAGGUCACGUCACCCCAGCUUCAAAUUAAUUACCAUAGCAGCUUGAUGGUGAUUGGAUCACAUUCCUUUAAGCAAAAAAGGAAACACUUAAUAUUCUAAAGGUCUUUAGCCCAAAUGCCAUGACAUAUUGAACAUUUAAAAAAGGAAUCAGACUCUGCUGUACUUCAUAUGUGAAGUCGACACUACUGAUUUGUCAAUAUCAAACAUCAGGUUACAGUGUUUAAUUUUUAUUUAUUUAUUUUUUUACUGCAUCAGAAGAUGAUGAUGUCCUAACUUUUAUGAUCUCCCCAACUUAAAAUGUAUAUGCAUUGUUGUUAUUUACAUUGUUCUAAGUGAGGCAAAUGUCUCAGUGACCUUGUUCACUUACACCAGAGAAAUAAAUGGCUUUCAAUGGAA